CAACACUUCUACUUACUACGUUAAAGGAGCGAUCAUGAAGUUAUAGAUACAACAAAGAAGGCACAACUAAUCCAGGGAUAUUAUUAGCAGGGAGAUCAUGAGAAAGAUGAAGACGUGCUAAAGCAAUGCUGGUUUCCGAUCUGAAGUCCCAGGCUGGCGCUGCCUACUCAGCUGGCAGAUUCCGUGAGGCGAUAUCGCUGUACCAAUCCUGCAUAAAAGAACAACUACGUGGACGUCCAGAUCUUGAAGAAGAUCCUACUGAACAAGACCUUCCAUUAUCAGGACGAGACCAAGAGCAUCUUCUUCUUGCACAAUGCUAUGGAAAUUUGGCACAGUGCUACAUAAAAACCGAGGAGUAUCAGGACGUCCUCUUGCUCUGUGACUUGGUGACAGAACGACUCGAGAAGAUUGAGAAAAGUAAUUGUGAGGAGCAGGAUUCGAGAAAAGCAUACUUUUAUGGAAGAUUUUUAUGUGUAAUGGUUUACUUUAGUGAUCGCAUGCUUACUACACAUGCAGUGAAUUGGACGCGAGUCUUUCGGUGUUCCUCUUCUAACUCCCACAGUUGCUCAAGAAAAAUCUCUAUCGUCGCGUGAUCGCUUUGAAGAAAACCAAGAACUUUGGCGAAGCACGAGAAACGGUGGCGCGAUUACUGGAGUUGGAUCCUGAGAAUGCAGCGGCAAAACAGUUAAAACGUGAAUUGGCACAAGCACCACUGAAGCGGAAAACGGGGAAUAAAGGUGAUGAAGAGCAUCAAUCAGAGAAUCCUCAAAUAAAGCAAGAAAGUGUAGGAGCAUCUUCCCCUACUUCAAAUCGCAAACAUAAUACUGUAGCAGCUUGUUCUUCUUCUUCUUCUUCGUCCUCCUCCUCUUCCUCCUCCUCCUCUUCAAAACAAGCAUUCGAUAUUGACGCACACAUAGCUGGUGGAGUGAGGAGCAGUGGGCUCUCAUCAACAACGACUUCUACUAAAAUGAGAAGAGCAACAACAACGAGGACGAGGGCAGAGGGGAAACAAAACAAGACAACGAAAGCAAAUUCUGGAGUAGAGGCAAAUACAUAUUGUAAUAGUGCAUCAAUGAGAAUAGCGCCCGAAGAUGAGAUCGGUGCACUUGAAGAAGCCUUUCUUCGGGUAAGAAAAGCAGAACGACAAGAGCAGGCUACUGCUGCUGGGAGUGGUGGUAGUGGUACUGGUGUUAGUGUAGAUCCAGAUAUCGACAUCAAGAAUUCUCGUCUCAUACCGGAGAAUGAAAGCAACAGGAGAACAAACAUCAUGUCGUCUGCAUCUUCUAGUAAAGCAGCUUCUCAUCUCAAGAUCAUAGCUCAAGACCUCUCCACGACCUACAAUCUUCUCCAAGAAGAGAAGCCUGUAAUACCUGGCUCAGACACACGUCUUGUUCGCAUUGCCGAGGAUAGCUGCAAAGGUGGCAACCGUGCUUGGAGGCGUGCUCAUAAUAAGGUUGAAGAUCUUGCCAAGGAUUCGCUAGCGAGACCGCCAAGAUCUGCGAGGAUGCUGUUUGAGUCUAGCCUUUAUGGUUGGAUGUUUCUCACUAUAAUGCUCGUUGGUAGAGGUCAUACAUUUACAACUUUUCUUUGUGUGUACUACAACUCUGUCAUCAACCUCUAAUUCCUUCUCCAUUCUAAUCUCUUCUACAUACCAUGCACUUUAUUCGACGGCUCACAAAAACCAUGGUGGGAAUCCAACGUGCAACCGGCUUACGACGGUGCCCUUUACGACACGCUAACAAAUGGGGGAGCAAAAUAUGUUAAGGCUUCGAACAUGCUGUCUCCUUGUACUACUUCUAGACCUGGAAUGUGGUUCUCAUCUAGGUUGGCAUCUUGGGGAGAUUUUCAUCAUCUCCUCUACAUGUUGUACAUCUUGAUUCUCUGCAAGUGACUUGCAGAUGUCUUCCCAAGACAUGGAAGAGUUUGAAGCCUGUCAACUCAUUCGAUACGGACUCGAUAGCUGAAAAAUGUAGCAGGACACCAGUCAAAUUAGUAAUAAGAAUCACUCUCAAGAACAUUCAAAUCAAAUGAUGAAAAACCAGUAUGAUGAAAAACUUUCACGAAAACCAAGUCGUGGCUGCUCUAAUUCUUGAACAGAAACAUGAUGGAAUCAAAUACGGGAGGUGCUUUCUUGAUCUCCUCUGAAACUUCAGACUCUGAUGAAGAGUCCCCAGAAGAUGAACGAUUUUCCGAAGACAAUUUAAUGCUGUUGAAGAUACGAAGACAAACGAAAUGAAUGAAAUAGAAUGGAGGUGGAUAAAAGUGGCGUUUUGUUUGAGGUACGGCGCGUAAGUUUUGCUUUUGCUUUUCUGGUGAAAGAAU